GGUUGACUGAGUGUAAGCGAAUAGCAAACCCAUUUGCCAUCAAAUACAAAUGAUGUGAAAAUAGAGUUGUCCCUUGAAUACCUGGCUCCGAAUUGGACAUUUCCUUGGAUUUCCUCAACACAAAUAAGUCUCUCAGAUCCUGGACGCGCAGAGAUGCAUGCUUUAUUUAUUUGAAUCGAUCAGGAAACUUUCGACGUGCCAUUUUAACAAGUUCUUUGGUAUAAACCAUGGCGGACUCCGUACAAGGCAAUCGCAAGCUCAAAAUCGCCAUCUGCCAUCCAGACUUGGGAAUAGGAGGAGCAGAGAGAUUAAUUGUUGAUGCAGCUGUUGAACUUGCAUCACAUGGACACGAGGUUCAUGUAUUUACAGCCCAUCAUGACCAUGGUCGAUGUUUCGAGGAAACUGUUGAUGGAUCUUUCCCUGUCACAGUGUAUGGCAGCUUCUUACCACGGCACAUAUUCUACAGAUUCCAUGCCAUAUGUGCCUAUGUUCGAUGUAUCUUUGUUGCAAUUUGUAUGGUGCUGUUGUGGCCUUCAUUUGAUAUUGUGCUAACAGAUCAAGUGUCUGCUGUAAUUCCUGUUCUUAAACUCAAAUCUUCAAAGGUUAUAUUCUAUUGUCAUUUUCCAGAUUUAUUGCUGGCACAACACACAACUAUGUUAAGGAGAUUGUAUCGUAUGCCUAUUGAUAUGCUUGAAGAAGCCUCAACUGGGAUGGCAGAUCUUAUUCUGGUAAACAGUAAGUUCACUGCAUCUGUUUUUGCCAAGACAUUCAAAUCUCUGCAUGCAAAAGGAAUCAAUCCAAAUGUGCUCUAUCCUGCUGUUAAUGUGGAUCAGUUUGGUCCACCUCGGGCUUACCUGCCCAAAUUUCUGUCAAUCAAUCGUUUUGAAAGGAAGAAAAAUAUUGAGUUGGCAAUAUUAGCAUUUGCCACGGUAAUGUCAAAGGAAGCCUCCAAAGGCAUUUCAGAGCAGAUUCCUGAUGGAGAAAUGGAUGUUUCACUGGUUAUUGCAGGUGGUUUUGACAAGCGCCUGAAGGAGAACACAGAGUAUCUAAAAGAGCUGGAAGACUUAGCAGCAAAGGAAGGGGUGUCUGACAAAGUUUUUUUUAUCCCGUCUUGUUCAACAGAACAGAGGGAUGCUUUACUGUCAGAAUGCCGCUGUGUUCUUUAUACUCCUAAGGAGGAGCAUUUCGGCAUUGUUCCUCUUGAAGCCAUGGCAGCUCAAAAACCAGUUAUUGCUUGCAACAGUGGUGGUCCGUUGGAGAGCAUUAUACAUAAUACUACUGGUUUUCUAUGUGAGCCAACACCUCAGAACUUUUCUUCUGCAAUGUUGAUGCUUCUGAAUGACCCAGACAUGGCAAAAACGAUGGGCUUGGAAGCAAAGAUCCAUGUUAAGAAGACAUUCUCAAGACAGGUAUUGGGAGAAACUUUAAACAGAACCAUUUUUAAUGUUGUGGAGACAAAUCGUUGAUUUGUUUUCAAGUGCAAAUAAACUGGUCAUCUAUUUUCUUUGAAAUUCAAUUUUAAAAUCCAUCUCACCUUUUGGCAAGUAGUUUGAAUUGACACCUGAUUAAUAGCAUAGGCCUUGUCAGGAUUUUGUUGUUGACUAUUUUAUUUGAAUUUUGGAAGGUGUUUCCUUUAAUUCUACCCUGUUUUUCAUCUAGACUAAUGGUGAAUAAAGCAUGGAUAAUUCUCCCUA